UCUCUCGGCUGUCAGGGCAAGGCAAAUUGACAGUAUGGCGGCGGAGUGCAGCUGGAAGGAUGCUACUGUCUCCCAUGAUGUUUGUAUCGCCGGCAGUACGUAACUGGACUCCUGACGGCCCAGAGACGAGAGGAUUGAGUAAGAGCGGCCCGUCGCCCUGAGCUCCGAACAUGGCCCGGCUCGCAGACUACUUUGUUGUGGUCGGUUACGACCUCGACAACCGAGUGGAGGGUGAGGGUCAGGGUCGCAUUCUCCAGCGGUUUCCUGAGAAAGACUGGGAGGACAGCCCGUUCCCACAAGGCGUAGAACUGUUCUGUCAGCCCAGUGGAUGGCAGCUGGUUCCAGAGCGGCAGCCGGCCUCCUUCUUCGUCGCCGUGUUGACGGACAUCAACUCGGAGCGUCACUACUGUGCCUGCUUUACUUUCUGGGAGGGCUUGGAUAAUCCCCAGCUGAAGAAGACUGACGCUGGUGAUGCCGACGAGGCAGACGAAGAGCCGGCUGUUGUCCAACCUGCCAAAGUCUUUGCACCCAAAAGCUUGGUGGUGGUUUCUCGGCUCGAUUACACAGAGGCGUUCAGGAACUGUCUUGGUCUGAUCUACACCGUUCAUGUAGAUGGCCUGCCCACCCCUUUAGAAACUGUGAUUGGAAACCUUCUGACGUGUGUCAUCCCCAUCGCCGGAGGCUCCCAGAUAGACGAGUCCCACGUUUGUAGUUUAGGCAAAGUUCCCCAGUCCCCGGCCUGUGAUUGGCUGCUGGCCUGUCUCCAGCCGGGUCCAGACCAGAGUGAGGACAGUUUGAGGACGAUAACAUUAGGUGCUGGAGACCGGCAAGUUAUCCAGACGCCCAUCAAUGAUGCCCUUCCUGUCAGCGGCAGCAGCGUGGCCCAGCUCUUUAGGCAGCUCGGUAUAGUCAACGUGUUGUAUCUGUUUUGUGCCGCGUUGACGGAGCACAAAAUCCUGUUUCUGUCCAGCAGCUACCAGAGGCUAACGGACGCCUGCCGAGGGCUGCUAGCCAUCAUGUUCCCGCUCAAAUACAGUUUUACCUACGUUCCAAUUCUACCUGGGAAGCUCCUGGAGGUCCUGAGCACCCCCACCCCCUUCAUUAUCGGAGUGAAUUCAUUCUUCCGUUCAGAGACACAAGAACUGUUGGACGUGAUCAUCGCUGACCUUGAUGGAGGCACCGUCACCAUCCCUGAAUGUGUCCACAUCUCUCUGCUGCCUGAACCUCUGCUGCAGCAGACCCAGACCGCCCUGUCCAUGGUUUUGGACCCGGAGCUGGAGUUUGCAGAUCAGGCGUUUCCCCCACAGUCCCUGCAGCCUUCAGCUCUGAAGAUCCAGGAUAAGGAAAUCCGAGCGGUCUUCCUGUGGCUCUUCGCUCGGCUUUUCCAAGGCUAUCGUUGGUGUUUACAUAUCAUCCGAAUUCACCCAGAACCUGUAAUCCGCUUCCAUAAGGCGGCCUUCCUGGGUCAGAGGUCAUUGACAGAGGACGACUUCCUCAUGAAGGUGUUAGACGGGAUGGCGUUCGCUGGCUUUGUGUCGGAGCGCGGCCCUCCUUACAGGGCCACCGAUCUCUUUGAUGACCUUGUUGCCAACCAGGUGGAGCGAAUAAGACAAGAAGAGGCCUGUCCACACAAAGUCAUGAAUCACGUCAAAGAGUUGGCAGAGAUACUUUUUAAGAAUGAGAAUCCCUACCCUGCAGUUGCUAUGCACAAAGUCCAGAGGCCAUCAGAGAAGAGCCAAAACACGAGCCAGAGCCAAGCUCCCUUCCCCGUCCUGGAUGAUGUGUCGGUACAGCUCUUCAUCGAUCAUGCGAUUGCCAAGCUCAAGACCGCCCCUCCUGUCGUCAAGGCAGAGAUGAAGAGCAUGGUGCCGUCUGGGCCUCCGCUGGGAGACAUUAUAGACAGGAACGGGAACGUGAUGGCUAACAGCGCUCGCAGGCUGGAGGUGGUCAGGAACUGCAUCACCUACAUCUUUGACAAUAAGAUGCUGGAGGCCAAAAAGCUGAUGCCAGCUGUGCUGCGGGCGUUAAAAGGUUGCACAGCUCGGGUUUGUUUGACCCAGGAGCUGAACCAGCAUGUUCUCCAGAACCGGGCUGUGCUGGAUGACCAGCAGUUUGACUACAUCGUUCGCAUGAUGAACUGCACUUUACAGGACUGUUCCCAUAUGGAUGAACACGGCACAGCAGCCGCUCUGCUCCCUCUGGUCACCGCUUUCUGCAGAAAACUGGGUGCAGGCAUCACGCAGUUUGCCUACAGUUGUGUCCAAGAACAUACGGUGUGGACCAACAUGCAGUUCUGGGAGGCCAUGUUCUACAGCGAUGUUCAGAACCACAUUAGAGCUCUGUACAUGGAGGCAGAUGAUGGAGAGCAGCAGAACAACUCGCUGGACCAGCAGGAUUGGUGUGCUACCGAAAGGGAAGUCAGCGCUUUGGAGCUGGCAGCAGAACAAAACCGGCUGUGGCCGACCCUCAGCAAAGAGAUGCAGACAGAGCGCGUGCAGAAAGAAGAGAGCACGGUGUUCAGCCAGGCCAUCCAUUACGCCAACAGGAUGAGCUACCUGCUGCUGCCGCUGGACACCAGCAAGAACCGCCUGCUGAGGAGCGCUGGCCUCGGAGACGUGGAGAGCGUCAGCAACAGCUACGUCACCAACAGUAUCGCAGGCAGCAUGGCGGAGAGCUAUGACACAGAGAGCGGCUUUGAAGACGCAGAGAGCUCCGACGUGGCCAACUCAGUGGUUCGCUUCAUCAACCGCUUUGUAGACAAGGUGUGCAACGAGAGUGGCGUGACCAACGAGCACCUGAAGGCGCUCCACGCCAUGAUCCCAGAUAUCGUUCAGAUGCACAUCGAGACGCUGGACGCCGUCCACAGGGAGAGUAAGAGGCUGCCUCCCAUCCAAAAGCCCAAGCUGCUAAGGCCGACUCUGCUGCCCGGUGAGGAGCUGGUGAUGGAAGGCAUGCGGGUCCACCUCAUCCCCGAUGGCCGUGAGGAGGCCACGGGGCAUAUGGGAGGCCCCCCCCUUCUUCCUGCAGAGGGCGCCAUCUUUCUCACCACCUACCGGCUAAUCUUCAAAGGAACACCGAGUGAUGCGUUGGUAGGGGAACAGAUUGUGACUCGCUCAUUUCCCGUCGCGUCUCUGACCAAGGAGAAGAGGAUCUCCGUCACAUUACCCAUGGACCAGUUUGUCCAGGAGGGCCUCCAGCUCCGAUCCUGCACCUUCCAGCUUAUGAAGAUCGCCUUUGAUGAGGAAGUGGCAUCAGACCUGGCUGAGAGUUUCAGGAAACACCUCCAUAAGCUGCGCUUUCCUCAGCACGUCCAGGGAACCUUUGCUUUCACAGUGGGGCAGAGCGGCAAGCUGGUGUUGGAGCCCAAAACCAAGGACAAGAAUCAGUCCUUAAGGACACUUUCCAAGAACCUGGUGAAGAAUGCAAAGAGGACCAUCAGUCGACAGUACGUCACCAGGAAGAAGGAGUCUCCGCCAUCCUGGGAGAACAGGAGCAGCUUCCAGUCUGAGCUGGAUGAAGAUGAAAUAUCAGUCUCAGAGGAGGUGGAUCAAACCACCAUGACCCUGUCCUCCACCAUCCGCUCCUCGGACAGACAGACUAUGAGCAACGUGGUAGAGCGCGCCUGUUGCCGUGACUACCAGCGCCUGGGUUUGGGCACGCUCAGCAACAGUCUGACGCGAUCUAAGAACGAGCCGUUCAGGAUCUCUACAGCCAAUCGCAUGUACACCGUUUGCAGGAGCUACCCCGGCCUGCUGAUCAUCCCCCAGAACAUCCCAGACUCCACCAUCCAUCGGAUCUGCCGCUGCUACCGACAGAACCGCUUCCCCGUGGUCUGCUGGAGACAUUCCCGAACCAAGGCAGUCCUGCUGCGCUCGGCAGGGCUCCACGCCAAGGGGGUGGUCAGCUUCUUCAAGUCCCCCAACACCACGACUGCAGUCCCGUCUCAGGCAGACUCUACCAGCCUGGAGCAGGAGAAAUACCUCCAAGCCAUCAUCAACUCCAUGCCCUCCUACAGCGAGAGCACAGGCAGGAACACUCUGAGCGGCUUCACCUCCACCCAUAUGAACACCUCCGAUUCAUCAGAUAAACUCAGACAGCCGAAGAUUGGAGACCUGAUGAAGCAGGUCCUGGGAAGCAAGGAGGACGUCCCUGGAACCUUCAGCAGAGGAGCACUUGGUCAAAAGGGGAAAGUCACCUCCCUCUCUCAGCCCAAAGUCUCUGGCAAAGCUAGAAGCUCUACUAGAGGGAAGUGGGGCAGUAUCCGGGGCAGCAGCCGUCUAAGUGCCUACAACCCAGACAUCGGGACGCGUUUGGCUGGGAAAGAAUCUCCGCAGCCCAAUGGAGGACCCAACGACCCGUUAUUCCUGCGGCAGCAGAAAGCCUACCUCUACAUCAUCGGGGAUAAGGCCCAGCUUAAGGGAGGGAAGCAGGACUCGUUCCAGCAGUGGGAGGUGAUUCCCAUCGAGGUGUGCGACGUGCGGCAGGUGAAGAACAGUUUCAAAAAGCUGAUGAAGGCCUGCGUGCCGAGCUCGGCGAACACAGACCCCAAUACAAGCUUCCUGCGCCUCCUGGAGGACUCGGAGUGGAUGGCUCUGCUGCACAGAGUGCUGCAGGUGUCUGGUUUGGUGGUGGAGCUGCUGGACACGGGUUCCUCUGUCAUGGUCAGCCUGGAGGACGGCUGGGACGUCACCACACAGGUGGUGUCUCUGGUGCAGCUGCUGUCGGACCCGUACUACAGAACCUUUGAUGGCUUCCGGCUGCUGGUGGAGAAGGAGUGGUUGUCCUUCGGCCACAGGUUCAGCCACCGCGGGGCGCAGACUCUGGGCAGCCAGAGCAGUGGCUUCACCCCCGUCUUUCUGCAAUUCCUGGACUGUGUGCAUCAGAUCCACCUUCAGUUCCCCAUGGAGUUCGAGUUCAGCCAGUACUACUUGAAGUUCCUGGCCUAUCACUAUAUGUCCAACCGCUUCCGCACCUUCCUGCUGGAUUCCGACUACGACCGGAUCGAACUAGGCGUGUUGUACGAGGAGAAAAGCGACAGGAGGAACCCUCAGGUGUGCAAGUCUGUGUGGGACUACAUCGACAGGCUCAACAAGAAAGCCCCCAUCUUCUUCAACUACAUGUUCUCCCCAGAGGAUGAGGAGGUCUUGCGGCCGUACACGUUUAUCUCCAACCUGAAGGUGUGGGACUUCUACCUGGAGGAGACGCUGUCUGAGGGCCCCCCCUUCGACUGGGAGCUGAAGAGCAGGCAGGAGCGGCUGGCGGAGGAGACGGCGGAGAAAGCCGACACCGCUGCUCCAAAAUCCCAGCGGCGCGUCGUGUGGCCGUGUUACGACAACGUGAGCAAGGAGUUGCCUGACGCCAUCACCAAACUCCUGCAAGACCUGCAGAACCUGGAAGCGGAGCUAGGACAGACGUCAGAGAAAUGGAAGGACACGUGGGACAAGAUCAAGACCACGCAGAGGACUGAGACCAAACUGGAGAGCAAACUAUCGUUCUCCAGUUCUCUGUUGAUGUCCUCUAACCUGAGCCACCAGCGGCGUUCCCAGGGCGUGUGUCUGCAGGAGAGUGGUGUGGGAUCAUCCAUCAAGCUGGGACUGGACUGCAAGGCCAGCGCCACGUCCACGCCUGUGUCGGGGCGGCAGAGCACGAGCACGCUCUACAGCCAGUUCCAGAGCACCGAGAGCGAGAACAGGAGCUUCGAAGGCAUUUUGUACAAAAGAGGAGCGUUGCUGAAACCAUGGAAACCAAGGUGGUUUGUGCUGGAUAAGACGAAACACCAGCUGCGAUACUACGACAGCAGACAGGACAAAGAGUGCAAAGGUGUCAUCGACCUGGCAGAGGUGGAGUCGGUCACAGUAGGAACACCUACCAUGGGGGCACCAAAAAACGUUGAGGAGAAAGCCUUCUUUGAUCUGAAGACGGCCAAGCGGAUGUAUAACUUCUGUGCCCAGGAGAGUUCCAACGCACAGCUGUGGAUGGACAGUAUUCAGAGCUGCCUGUCAGACGCCUAGAAAAGAGGCGGGGCUUUAAACUCACCCAGGAACUAACAGGGAGCGUUGCUUUGCCUGCUGGAUUUCUCUGCUGAACAACCUCAGCAGAACAAAGAGGGAAAGGGGCCUUUCACCACUGAUCACUAGUGUUGAACUAAUAAUCUGUCACAUGUUACAGUGUUUCUGUUAGUAAAGAGAAAAGCAGUCCCAGAGGGAGUCUGAACACGCUGUCUGGGCGCCAUCCUGCAGCUUGGAGCGGCGCCACCUUCCUUCCAGACCCUCCUCCUGUAAACUACCACCUGUCCCCUCUCUACUAACCCCCCCCCCUCCCACUCACACUUUAAGGAGGAAUGACGGAGGAGCUGCAGACCGCCAAGCUGCUCACUGAACUCAUUAGACUGCCUGGUUGAUGGACCAAAUCUGCCCUGAGGAUGACCUCAUAAAGCUCUGCUCCCACUGCCCCAUGCAGCCCACCCAUAGGAUGCUCUGGCCAGCAUGUUGCCCUGGAGACGGUGGAGCAGGAGAACUCUGCAACGGUUCAUGAAGGAUUUCCUUUUUUAUUUUGUUUUGGGGUUUUUAAAAACAGAAGGAGCAAUCUCCCGUUAGCUGUUCUCAACAUGCCCAGGAAUGACCCAGAAGAAUCGGCUGGAGAUCCAGAAUAAAUGUUUACAUAAAAGAUGAACGUUUCCUCGCUCGGCUCGGCUUUGCUCGCUUUUACCAAACCACUACUACAACGGAGAUGUUUAAGGGAAGCAGAAGGAAAAGGAGGGAUUUCUAUCAUGUCUUUGAAACAAUCUGAAGGCGGGAGGUGGGGAUGAGGGGCUGGGUCGGCCGCAGAGGUGGAAACCAGUUGGAAAAGGAAAAUUCUUUUCUUUUAGACCAGAGUAGUUCAGUUUUCUACUUCUUAGAGAUCAAUCGUUCCGUUUCCUUUACUGCGAUGAAACUAAACAGCCUUGGAGCCUGGAUGGAGAAAGCUGCCAUCAUUUUCCUUUAACUUUGCUACCAAGGCUGCAGCCGGUAACCCCCCCACCCCCCUCCACCAUCCCUCUGUUUGUAUCAUACACCUCUACUGCUGUCUGAACAGAAACUGUAGUUUAUUUGUGUCUUAACAGCUCCUGUGUAUAUACUACUCCAGAUUUGUAUGUAACAUUUAUGGUAGUAAUUUAUUUAACUUGUCUCGAGAAAAGCACCACUUUGUGUUGAAAUUAGGAAUUCAAUGUGCCAUUUAUUUCUGUAUUAAUGUGACUAAUACCUUUUUUUAAUGCGCAAGUAAACAUUUAUUGCUCUUUUAUUUGUUUACACAGUCAUUAUUACUUUGAUCAGAGAUCUGAGGCGGUGUUUCAGUAGAGGAGUCUCUGGGUUCCGUCAUCACCUAGAGGGGUUUUAUUGUUCCCCUAAUAAAAAUAAAUAUCAGACAUCAAAUC